CCGGUAUCUAUAGUUCCAUGGCCGGUAUAUAAUUCGGUAGAAAUAAAUUUUGUGUAUAAAUCUCAAUUCUCACAUAAAUCUAAAUUAUAUAUUUUAUAGCAAAACAUUAAACAAUAUAACCAGUUAUAAAUAAUUGACUGGGAAACUUUGCUUAGGUGAAAAUAACGUCAGACAGUAAAAAUCUAGUGCAUUGUGUUUUUAAUAGUUUAAUUAAGGAAAAAAUCGAUUUAACAUUAAUUCUUAAGCGAUAUCUCUGUGAAAUAGACGUCUAUAUACCUAUUAUUUCAUCUCAUAUUAGCUAAAAAUAUGUCUUCACAAUUAAUUAAUAAGUUUAAGCAGUUUGAUGCAUAUGCAAAAACUCUAGAAGACUUUAGAGUAAAAACAGCGACAGGUGCAACAAUAUCACUUAUUGGCGGAUCUGUAAUGUUUCUGCUCAUAUUAUCUGAGUUACAUACAUACAUGUCACCAAAUAUAUCUGAAGAACUGUUUGUUGACACAUCCAGAGGACACAAAAUGAAAAUUAAUUUUGAUAUUAUUGUUCCUAGAAUAUCAUGUGAUUAUCUAGUCUUAGAUGCAAUGGACUCAUCUGGUGAACAACAUCUACAAAUGGACCAUAAUAUAUACAAAAGAAGAUUAGAUUUAAAUGGUAAUCCAAUAGAGGAACCCAAAAAGGAAGAAAUUGUGAUUUCAACAUCCUAUGUUAAAAGUAACUCCUCAGAAAUAGCUCAAGUAACUUGUGGUAGUUGUUAUGGAGCCGCCUUCAAUGAAUCUCAGUGUUGUAAUACAUGUGAAGAAGUUAAAGAAGCAUAUAAAAUAAGACGAUGGGCUUUACCUGACUUGGCCACAAUUGAGCAAUGUAAGAAUGAUGAAUCUAUAGAAAAAGUCAAUCUGGCUUUGAAGGAGGGAUGCCAAUUAUAUGGCUACAUGGAAGUUAACCGGGUUGGAGGAAGUUUCCACAUAGCACCAGGAAAAAGUUUCACUAUAAAUCAUAUUCAUGUUCAUGAUGUACAACCUUAUUCAUCAUCAGUGUUUAACACUACACAUAUAAUAAAACGAUUAAGCUUUGGUUCAGAUAUUAAGAGUGGCAAUACUGCACCCUUAGACGGAGUAACUGGCUUAGCAAAGGAAGGUGCUGUUAUGUUUCAAUAUUACAUUAAAAUAGUACCAACAAUGUAUGUUUCACUUGACAACCAAGUCUUGCAUACAAAUCAGUUCUCAGUUACUAGGCACCAAAAAUCUGUCUCUAAUGUAAAUUCAGACUCUGGUAUGCCAGGAGCAUUUUUCAGUUAUGAACUAUCGCCCUUAAUGGUGAAGUAUACAGAAAAGGAAAGAUCACUUGGACACUUUGCAACUAAUGUAUGUGCAAUUGUUGGAGGAGUAUUCACACUGGCUGGUAUUUUUGAUUCACUUCUAUACCACUCUCUUAAUGCUUUCCAAAAUAAAAUUAUGUUAGGCAAGGCUGGAUAAAUUAUAAUGUUUUUAAGAAUGUAUUAAAAUCAUCUACAUUA